AUGCUGAUUGGACCGGGUGAAGAACACAAGGGACUAUAUGUCGCAAAGGAUGAUCUUCCUAUCCGUGUGCACAAAAUGGAUGGAGUUGGGAAUGCAGAAUUAUGGCACAGAAGGUUAGGACAUCCCUCUAUGCGAGUUGUAGAAGAGAUUUCUCAAACCAAUGGAAGUAUUGAAGUUGGAAAAGGACAUGAAUAUUGUGACCACACUGUGAUUCCCAAUAUUCCAAUACCGACAAUAUCACGUGGGGAACAAGCUACAACCGGCAAUGAGGAAUGGGAGGGACACGUGGCAGCAAAUCCUUCCAUACAGCCCAUCAGGAGAGGUAACCGAAUCAGGAGGCCCAAUAGAAAAUACGUGGAUGGAGAGGCUACAAGAUUCAAGGAGAUACAAGCAGAUUUCAAGAAAAUGAUUGACCUAAUGGAGAAACGCCAUGAAGAAUACACCACUCAAAGAUCAGAGCAUACAGCUAAAAUCGCUCGUUUGGAAGCUGCUCUCGCAAACUCUAGCGGGCGUGAAGGACAGCUCAUUCACCCACCAUUUCAGGUCCGUAAUGUCAAGUUGGAUUUUCCGCGUUUUGACAGGACAGAGGUAAUGCAGUGGUUGUUUAAGGCGGAGCAAUUCUUUGAUUAUUAUGGCACACCAGAUGCUCAAGGUAUUACAAUAGCCGCCGUUCACCUUGACAAAGGUGUGGUGCCAUGGUUUCAAAUACAUACUCGUGGUAAACCUUUCAUUACAUGGGCUUCCUUUCGUUCGGCCUUGGAAUUGGAAUUUGGUCCUUCACCGUUUGAUUGCCCUCGUGCAAAUCUCUUCAAGCUCACACAAUCCACCACUGUUGCUGAUUUCUACAUGGAGUUUACAACAUUAGCUAAUCAGAUUCAAGGACUUAGUGCCGAGGCCUUGCUUGAUUGCUUCAUUAGUGGGCACCGUAACGACAUUCGUCGGGAUGUGGUCGCCCAAAGCCCACAAUCCUUGGCGAAAGCGGUAUCUCUGGCUAAACUCUUUGAGGAAAAAUAUGUUUCCAUCCCGGUAAGUAAACCUUACACCCCUGCUUCCUUUCCUCGCUCAACUACUCCUCUCGCCACCACAAAAUCACCCUUACCGCCGUUAUUACCGACCCCUUCAAAACCCAUAACCGCUACCUCUAAACAACCUUCGAUCAAACGUAUUUCACCAGCUGAAAUGCAGAUCCGCCGUGAAAAGGGCCUGUGCUAUACCUGCGACGAAAAAUUCUCCCUCGGGCAUAAAUGCCCAAAUCGCCAAAUGCUCUUACUGAUGGGAGAUGAUGAGGACAUUCACUUUAUUACCACUACUCAUUCAUCUGACCCUCCUUUUAUAGAAGAGCCCCCUGUUUCCUUUCCUCCACCGGACCAUCAUUUAUCGUUUAACGCUAUUCGGGGAUAUCAAAGCAAAGGUACCUUACGUUUUACCGGGUAUAUCAAUGGAAUGGAACUUCAAAUUCUCCUUGAUAGUGGGAGCUCUGAUAAUUUCUUCCAACCUCGAUUAGCUCAUUGUCUAAAAUUGCCAAUUCAACCUUCUCCUAAUUUCAAAGUCAUGGUGGGCAAUGGCAAUAAUCUCACAGCUGAGGGCUUUGUCGACAAUCUGCAUGUUGUCAUUCAAGGGCAUCGUUUACAUGUACCGGUUUAUCUUCUGCCUAUUACAGGUGCAGAAUUGGUUCGUGGUGCCUCGUGGUUAGCAACUUUAGGACCCCGUAUCGCUGACUUCAAUGCCUUGUCAAUGAAAUUUUAUCACGAUAACUCUUUCGUUACCCUCUAUGGUAACAAUGUUUCCCUUCCUCAACCUGCCCAGUACCACCACAUUCAAAGAAUGCACACCACUGGAGCCCUAGCCGAGUCUUAUCAAAUAUUGUUCUUCUGUUUCGUUAGCGAUCCUAUGGUGCACAAAUCUGAUGAUUCCGAAUUCAACGCUGAAUUGCAAACUCUUUUGACGGAGUUUCAGGAUGUGUUUGCCACACCAUCCGGGUUGCCACCAACAAGGUCCCAUGAUCAUGCUAUACCCCUUUUGGAUGGUAGUAACCCAAUUAAAGUUCGUCCAUACAGAUAUGCCCACAGCCAAAAAAAUCAAAUUGAGGUAAUGGUACAUGAGAUGUUACAACAGGGCAUUAUUCAACCCAGUUCCAGUCCUUUUUCUUCCCCAGUUCUUUUGCUCUUCUUUGCAUCCAUGACCAUUAGUUCCAUUGUUCAUUUAUGA